UGUCAAUGUCAAUCCUUAUUUGUCAUUCGCCGGGACGUCAUUAAAUCCGUUCCAGAAAUACCUUAGCUUUGCUGAAAAAAUAGCCUUUUAUAAGGUUUCAAAACUAAUUAAGCAUGUCUCUAAUUACCAGAAAUGUUUUCCGUACAUUAAUACAGGGUUCACAGGUCGUCGGCAAAGGUUUGCACACAACAGCUAUAAAUGCUGACAAAAACGUAUGUUUCGCGCCCCUUUCAAUCAGCACCCUGCAAACAAGCAAGGAGGGUCGCGUAAAGUGCACUCUCAUACCCGGUGAUGGCGUCGGUCCAGAGCUUGUGUACUCCGUUCAAGAGGUUUUCAAGGCGGCAGGCAUACCCGUGGACUUCGAGUCUUACUUUUUCUCCGAAGUAAAUCCCACAUUAAGUGCUCCUCUGGAAGAUGUUGUUGGCUCCAUUGCCAGAAACAAAAUUUGUAUCAAGGGUAUUUUGGCCACCCCAGACUUUUCCCACACCGGCGAACUGCAAACCUUGAACAUGAAGUUGCGUAAUGCGCUAGACUUGUACGCAAACGUCGUCCAUGUCAAGUCUUUACCCAACGUCAAGUGCCGUCACCAUGAUGUCGACUGCAUCAUCAUCCGAGAACAGACUGAGGGCGAAUACUCUGCUUUGGAACACGAGUCUGUGCCUGGCGUAGUGGAAUGUCUGAAGAUCAUCACAGCGGCCAAGUCCGAACGUAUCGCCAAGUUCGCGUUUGAUUACGCUGUCAAGAUGAGGCGUAAGAAGGUGACUGCUGUACACAAGGCCAAUAUCAUGAAGUUGGGCGACGGUCUGUUCUUGAGAAGCUGUGAAGAAAUGGCAAAACUUUACCCGCGUAUCCAAUUCGAGAAAAUGAUCGUCGACAACUGUACGAUGCAGAUGGUUUCUAACCCCAACCAAUUUGACGUUAUGGUCACCCCUAACUUAUACGGCAACAUCGUGGACAACCUCGCGAGUGGGCUUGUGGGUGGUGCGGGCGUAGUCGCCGGCGCUUCUUAUAGUGCUGAUUGUGCGGUGUUUGAACAGGGAGCCCGCCACAUCUUCUCCGGAGCUGUGGGCAAAAAUAUCGCGAAUCCCACUGCUAUGCUUCUGUGCUCCGCCAACUUGCUGGCACAUGUCAACCUUCACUCUUACUCUAAAAUGAUCAAGAAUGCUAUCAACAAAGUACUUACGGACGGCAAAGUCAGAACCAAGGAUCUCGGUGGACAAUCCACCACGAAAGAUUUUACGUACGCGGUUAUCCAUAGCCUCACAACUACAUAAACUACACAUCCUCAAUAGGGCUAAUACGCACUGUGAAAUAUUGUCGCGCGGUUUCUACCAAACAACCAUUACAGUAAUGUAAACGUCAAACAAAAUUAUUAUACUUAAUCCUCAAUGACUCAUCAGUAUAGAGUGCUGUGGGAAAGACGAAUAUUUUUUUGGAAAUAUAACCGCGCGGUUAUAUUCCACAGUGCGUGCUUAUCCUUAGAGUGUAAAGAUAGGGACAAAUAAAUAAAUAUAAAAAUUAAAAAUAAUGACGCCCUGUUGUGUAGUGUAAGAGAUGACCUUAUAAAAAUUGAAUACAUUUAGUAGGUAUUUGUUAAAAAAAAGUUUUUUGUUACAGAAAUGGAAAUACUCUUUUAUUUUUCAUACAAGUUAUAAAUCUCCCAUCCAUACUAAUGUUAUAUAUCCACACAAAUAUAUUGAUGCAAAAGUAUGUAGGUAUGUCUGUUACCUUAUUUUUGACCAGGUUCAGAUAUAGCUUUCAUCCCGGAAACAUUUAGAGGCUACCUUUUACCCCGGAAAAAGUUUCCAUGGGAUUUUAAAAAGCCUAAAUCCAUAUAGAUGAAAUCGCGGGUGUGAUUUAGUGCCGUUUAUACAAAAAUGAAGUUAUUAAUUCAAGUUUUGGUAUCUGAUUAAUAUUAUGAUACAUUUUGGUUGUCUCUUAUAACUAUGUAUUGUACAGAAUGGGCGUUUUUAUAAACAUACCAAAUGUAGAAAAAUUUGCUCUUAGAGUACCUAAGCGGUAAGCGUAAUUUAUUUAUUUAUAUUUGUAUAUUUUUUUUUUUUGGAUAAAUGUGAUCUGCAAUCAUAGACGAAAUUGAUAGGAAACAGUAUUGAUUAAGUAUUUAAUGUUACCAUGUUUAAUAAAAUAAUGACAAU